AUGACGACCGUAACACAUCCAAUUCCAGUUAAAUGUAAACCAGGCAACGGCUUGCCUACACCACACGUCGGACCUGAUCUUGAGAGCUACAAGAAGGCACACGCACUCACAACAGGUGAACACAGGGAGUCUUUCUGGGCUAAAGCUGCAAAGGAAACUCUUUAUUGGCACAGACCAUUCUCAACCGUCGUCACAGGUGGUUUCGAGUACGGUGACACUGCAUGGUUCCAAGAGGGUGGCUUAAACGCAUCCUACAACUGCGUUGAUAGAUGGGCUAUUCAAAACCCAGAGAAGACUGCUAUUAUCUAUGAAGCAGACGAACCAGGAAACCACCAAGAAAUCAGCUAUGGUGAACUUCUCAGAGAAGUUUGUAAGGUAGCCAAUGUACUCAAAUCAAUGGGCGUCAAGAAGGGUGAUGUUGUCUCAAUUUAUCUUCCAAUGACAUGGCACGCAGUCGUCGCUUUCUUAGCCGUCGCACGUCUUGGUGCCGUCCACUCCGUCAUUUUCGCCGGUUUCUCGGCUGAGUCACUCAGGGAUCGUGUCGUUGACUGUAAAUCUAGAGUAAUUAUCACAUCAGAUGAAGGAAAGAGAGGUGGAAAGACUAUCGCUACAAAGAACAUCGUAGACGCUGCACUUAAGGAAUGUCCUGACGUCACGAAUGUCUUGGUUCUUCAACGCACCGGAAACCCAGUCAAUAUGCAACAAGGAAGAGAUUUCUGGUGGCACGAAGAGUCCGCAAAGGUUGUUCCUUACUGCACACCUGAAAUUGUCAACAGUGAAGACCCACUCUUCAUUCUCUACACUUCAGGUUCAACCGGUAAACCUAAGGGUGUUGUUCACACAACCGGUGGAUACCUUCUUGGAGCAGCACUCACUGUCAAGUACAUCUUUGAUGUUCACGAGAAUGAUAGAUACGCAUGUAUGGCGGAUGUCGGUUGGAUUACAGGACACACUUACAUCGUCUAUGGUCCACUCUUGAACGGUGUCUCAACUACUGUCUUUGAAUCAACUCCAGUCUAUCCAAAUGCUUCAAGAUACUGGGAUAUCGUACAAAAGCACAAGCUUACACAAUUCUACACCGCACCAACAGCUAUCAGACUCCUUCGUAGAUUGGGUAGGGAACACGUUCAAGGUUAUGAUUUGUCAUCUUUACGUGUUAUCGGAUCAGUUGGUGAACCAAUCAAUCCAGAAGCAUGGGAUUGGUACAACGAAGAAGUUGGUAAAAAAGAAUGUGCAGUCGUAGACACCUACUGGCAAACUGAGACAGGAUCCAUUAUCAUUUCGCCACUUCCAGGUGCAAUUCCAUGUAAACCAGGUGCAGCUACAUUCCCAUUCUGGGGUGUCGAACCAAUCAUCUUAGAUGCAGUAUCUGGUGAACCACUUGAAGGUAAUGAUGUCGAAGGUGUCUUGGCUGUUAAGCACCCAUGGCCAUCAAUGGCAAGAACAGUUUAUGGUGAUCAUGAAAGAUUCUUGGACACUUAUCUCAAACCAUACCCUGGAUACUACUUCACUGGUGAUGGUGCUGGUAGAGAUCAUGAUGGAUAUAUUUUCAUUAAGGGUCGUGUUGAUGACGUUAUUAACGUUUCAGGACACAGACUUUCAACCGCUGAGAUUGAAUCUGCAUUGAUUUUGCACUCUGGUGUAGCAGAAGCUGCAGUUGUUGGUGUACAAGAUGAAUUGACAGGACAAGCAAUUAGCGCAUGGGUGACGAUGAAGCCAGAGUUCAAGGGUAGUGUUGAUGAAAAUCUCGUUAAGGAAUUGACACUUCAAGUACGCAAAGUUAUUGGACCAUUUGCGGCACCAAAAGCACUCUAUGUCGUUGGUGACCUUCCAAAGACACGCUCAGGAAAGAUUAUGAGAAGAGUCAUUAGAAAGAUUGUAGCAAGCGAGUCUGAUCAACUUGGUGACCUCUCUACCUUGGCUGAACCAUCAGUUGUUGAAGAUAUCAAAGCAAAGUUUGCAGAAGGACAACUUAAGUGA